AUGCUCUUAUUUAUAAAUCCCCUUUCGCACCACGGCAGCCGUUUUGAUCCGGGAGAAGGAGCUGAUCUCACGAAGCUUUCAUUUGCCCGUACUCGCCGCAACAUGGUAUUUCUCAAUGCUGGCCGACGAGACUGUCUUGAAAAAAUGAAACGGGGUGCUAUGGUUGGAGGGGCUAUCGGCGGGGCUGCAUGUGUUGUCUUUGGCACAUACGAAGCGGCCCAGAUCCGGGGUAUUCCUAUUUCCCAGAAGGCCGGCUUAGUGCUUCGGAAUUCCGUCGGCGGAAGUCUGCUCUUCGGUUUUUUCCUGGCCAUCGGAAGCGGAAUCCGGAGUUGCGGCUCAAGGGAACGGGUCUAGUUAAAACUUCAAUGGUUAUUCCUCUGUACAGCAUGUCGCUGAGGCAAGGUCAUUUGCACUACUUUCAAUCCUUCCCGAGUUGAACUCAGAAAUGCGCGAAACGCGUCCGCUUGCAUCCUGUAGUCUUGAGAAUUACAAGAAGAUCUAUCGGGUAGCCAGAUCGCCGAUCAAACACGGCUACACGAAAACUUCCAAGGACAGUUCUGCAAACAACAGUUUAUCGGCUAUUUAUCAAGCGGCUUCCGAGGUGGCCCGUGUUCUGAUAGCUUGUACACAAGUUCUUAAUUGGAUCUUUCUCUUCAUUA